AUGGGUCUCUGGAUCAAGAUCCGCAGCAAGCGGAAGAGAAUCCUUGUGUGCAGCCUUAGAUCAGGGGGCCUGCCAGGUACCAGCUUGUGGGCAGCCUUAGGCCAGGAGGUCUGUCAGGUACCUGGUGGGGAUCCUGCUCCCUCUAGCUUGUGGGCAGCCUUAGGUCAGGAGAUCUGUCAGGUAUCGGGUGAGAAUGCUGCUCCCUCUAGCUUGUGGGCAGCCUUAGGCCAGGAGGUCUGUCAGGCACCUUGUGAGAAUGCUGCUCCCUCUAGCUUGUGGGCAGCCUUAGGUCAGGAGGUCUGUCAGGCACCUUGUGAGAAUGCUGCUCCCUCUAGCUUGUGGGCAGCCUUAGGCCAGGAGGUCUGUCAGGCACCUUGUGACAAUGCUGCUCCCUCUAGCUUGUGGGCAGCCUUAGGCCAGGAGGUCUGUCAGGCACCUGGUGAGAAUCCUGCUCCCUCUAGCUUGUGGGCAGCCUUAGGUCAGGAGGUCUGUCAGGUACCUGGUGAGAAUGCUGCUCCCUCUAGCUUGUGGGCAGCCUUACGACAGGAAGUCUGUCAGGUACCUGGUGAGAUUUCUGCUCCAUCUGACCUGUGUGCAGCCUGA